GCGCGGGAAUAUCAAUAGGGUUUUAUAAAAAAAGAAAGAAAAAAAUGUCAUCUAUAGAUUUGUAUAAUCACUUUAAUGAUGAAAUUGAUGCACAAGACGAUUAUUCAGGAGAAGAUGAAAAUCCUGAGAAUUCAGAUCCAAUAAAGAAAAGCGACAAUGAAGAUAAAAUUGGAAUAUUAAGUGUUGAGCCAAAAGUAAUACGUGCAAAAAGAAAACUUUUUACAUUAAAUUCUGAAAGACUUAAAGGUCCUCGUGGAAUUGUUGCGAUUGAUGACUUUUUUAAAGACAUCAAGUUUAAAGGAAAAGGCUAUGAAAAACAAGACAUCGAAAAUGUGAUGAAAAGGCUUGAGCAUUGGGCGCAUAGAAUGUAUCCAAAGUAUAAUUUCGAUGAUUCAUUGGCAGCGAUUGAACGGCUUGGAAAGAGGAAAGAAGUUUCUAUUCAUAUGACACGUUAUCGUUUGGACCAAUUAAAAGAAGAUGUCUAUGAAACAAUACUUCCUGAUAUUAAAGAUACCGAUGGAAAAAUAACUGAACAUAGUGAUCUAACAAUUGAUGAAUUUGAUGCUUUGAUUGAUGAACAGAUUGCUCUUACAACACUUCAUCCUAUUGAUCAAAAUAAAUCGUUUGGAAAUACUUCCUCACUGAUGUCACAGGUAAAUGCGGAAAAGUUAUUGGCACUAUCAUCUCCGUCUGGUUCACUGCCUUCCUCGCAGCAUAAUCAUCCAUCAUCCCAACUAUCAAUUAGCGAUGAAAUUCGAGCAAAAGUAGCUGAAAAUAGGAAAAAAGCGUUGGCAAUUUUUGAACAAAGGAAAAAAGAUAAAAAAAGUAAAGAAGAAGUGCUUAACGUAGGUAGUUUAACUCUUAACUCUUUACUUUCCUCAAAGAAGAUUUGUUAUUUUAUAGCAAGCUUAGUGAAGCGUGAUUCCAAUCAAAUAACUAUGGAUGAAGAUAACAAAUUAUAUGAACUUUUGAAUGUCUCAAGGACAGCGUCAGAUGCUGAAAUUAAAAAAAGCUAUCGUAAGCUUGCUAUGAAGUUCCAUCCGGAUAAAAAUCCUAAUCCCGAGGAGGCUGAGAAAUUCAAAGAAAUAACUUACGCUUAUGAGAUUCUCUCUGAUACCGAAAAACGUAAAACCUACGAUCGUUAUGGCAUCAAAGGACUUCAAGAAGGUGGUGCGGAUGCUAAUGAUAUGUUUGGCUCAAUAUUCGGACAAUUUUUCGGAAGAAGUGGUCCAUCAGGUCCUCAACAAUGCGAGCCAAUAGUUAUACAAGAGCUUGUGACUCUUACAGACCUUUAUGUAGGCGGAAAAGAAAUUCCACACAAAGUAACUCGUAUUGUUAGCUGUUCAAAAUGCUCAGGAAGUGGUGGAAAGAAUGUUAAAAAGUGUCGAGAUUGUCGGGGAACUGGGACAAAGAUUAUACUUCAUCAAAUGGGUUUCAUGACGCAGCAAAUCGCAACCAAAUGUAAUGAUUGUGAUGGUACCGGUGAGUUCAUCGAGAAAAAGGAUCGUUGCGAUAUUUGUAAAGGUUCUAAGACAAUUGAGGAAAAAAAGGAAAUCAUAGUUCACAUUGAUAAGGGUAUGAAACAUACACAGAAGAUUGUUUUUCGAGGUGAAGGUCACCAUCUGCCAGAUUCUGCCAAAGGCGAUAUCAUAGUGGUGCUUAAAGAGCAGUCGCAUGAGAAUUUCAAACGAAACAAAGACGAUCUUGUAGUUCAUCAGACGAUUUCCAUCACGCAAGCUCUUUGUGGAUUUGAUUUGGUGAUAAAACAUUUGGAUGGACGUGAUUUGCAUAUCAAGAAUGCAGCAGGAACGCUCAUGAAAAAUGGUGAACUUAAAUGUAUUGUAGGCGAAGGAAUGCCGAUUUACAAGAACCCUUUUGAAAAGGGCAAUAUGUUUAUUGAGUUUACCGUUGAGUUCCCUAUACAAAUGGAUCCGGCCCUUCUUCCUGCUUUGGAGAAAUGCUUACCUCCUCGGCCCGCCUUUGUGAUGCCUAUCGGUGAGCAUGUUGAAGAAGUCGACAUGACAGAAUACGAUCCCAAUCAGAAAAGUGGACGAAACAAACAUUCAGCUGCUUAUAAUUCUGAUUCAGAUGACGAAGACGGCAACGGGCCACAAGGUGUGCAAUGUCGCGCAUCAUAAGACUUUAUACUAGAAUCAAAUUAACAUCAUGGGUGGUUGUAAGGGUUUUUUUUCUUGAAGUUUCACUCAUUUAGUAAGCUCAAUUUAUUUAUGUAUAUCACCAGCUAUUUACUGCGAAACUUCGAUAAACCUUUAUUUUCUUAACUUUCUUUUUCUGUUUUCAUUCAUCUUGCAAUAAAACAACCAUAAUAGAAUUCCAUAAUUCCCAUUUCAUAAAUUAAAAGUUAAAAAAUAGAACAGUUUAUAAGCUUUAAAAUCAAAUCUGAUUUUAGAACUUUGAAUAUCACUCAAUUCGUAAUAACCAUCAACAAUAUAAAGUAUCUGAUGGUAUUACAUAACUACAUCUCUUUGUUGUGGCUUUUUAGCAUAACUGGAUUGAAUGGAUUUAGAUUGAGAAAGUAAAUAUUCUUAAUUAUUGGUUUAGGAAAUUAACUGAGUAGAUUUCUCGAAAUUAAACAUAAAAUUUAUUAAAUGGAAGAAUCAAUAAAGCUUACAAAAAAGGAUGAAAAGAAAUUUUCUAAUCCAAAAAAA